ACACGUUCUCUUGGACGUCAAUUUCAUUUGAACAAUCUCACAAGACUCCACUCCCCAAGUACCCUGUUGCCCAUUUGCCUCUACGCCCCACACAACCUCUCCUCCAUUCCUUUCCUUCUCUCUCUAUUCUCUCUCUCUCUCAAAUACAUACACAUACAUAUUACUGUUUCGACUUUAGAGGUAAAACUAGGACGAAAUCAGAUAUGAGCACCCUACAAGAUUGUUGGCCUGAGCCUGUUGUCCGAGUGCAAUCGUUGUCAGAGAGCGGAUUAUCCGCAAUUCCGACUCGAUACAUCAAACCACCGUCGGAGAGGCCUUCGUUAAACUCCGGUGGUGAUGCUAACAUCCCAUUAAUUGAUCUCGGCAGCUUACUUAACAACCUUGACGAUAAGACGACCCUGAAGCAAGUAUCGGAAGCGUGUCGAGAGUGGGGCUUCUUCCAAAUAGUAAACCACGGAGUGAGCCCCAAACUGAUGCACCGGACACGGGAGGUUUGGCGACAAUUCUUCCAUCUUCCGCUUGAGCAGAAGCAAGUUUACGCCAAUUCACCCAAGACGUACGAGGGGUAUGGUAGCCGACUGGGUGUUGAGAAGGGCGCCAUUCUCGACUGGGGCGAUUAUUACUUCCUCCACUACCUUCCCCUCGUGCUCAAGGAUCAAAACAAGUGGCCUGCCCUCCCGGACUCAUUGAGGGAGGUGACCCAGGAGUACGGCGAUGAGUUGGUGAGAUUAUGCAAGAAUUUGAUGAAAAUUUUGUCUGUAAACCUGGGACUGGGGGAGGAAAAUCUUCAGAAUGCGUUUGGAAAAGAGGGCAUCGGUGCGUGCGUGAGGGUGAAUUACUAUCCCAAGUGUCCACAGCCUGAUCUCACACUCGGUCUUUCCUCCCACUCCGACCCAGGAGGUCUGACUCUUCUGCUUGCCGACGACCGUGUCCCCGGCCUCCAAGUCCGUAGAGGCGGUAAUUGGGUUACUGUAAAACCCUUCCCCAAUGCCUUCAUCGUCAACAUCGGCGAUCAAAUUCAGGUGCUGAGCAAUGCAAUGUACAAGAGCGUGGAGCACAGGGUAAUCGCCAAUGCAGUGCAGGAACGCCUUUCCCUCGCCUUCUUCUACAACCCCAAGAGCGAUUUACUCAUACAACCAGAAAAGGAGCUCGUGACAUCAGAUCGACCCGCCCUCUAUCCAGCAAUGACCUUCAACGAGUACAGACUUUACAUAAGGACAAAGGGUCCACGUGGAAAAGCACAAGUGGAAUCCCUAAAAUCUCCUCGCUGAUUUUGAGCGAAACUUCAACUUCAUUCAUACACCCAUUAGCCAUUAUUAAUUAGCAGGUGUAAAUUAAAAAUCAAACAUAUAAAUUAAAUAGUCCGCCCCUCUGUAUGGAUGAUCAGUUAUCAUUGAACAUGCACCAAUUAAUUACUUGUAAAACCUACCUUGUGAGGAGGUAAUUAAUUAAUCAUAGAUGAAAUAUUUACACUAAUCAUAACAAGAAAAUAUGUAUCUCAUCAUUUUCUAAGUCGUAAGUUCA